GAAGGAGCGAUUUCAUGGUCGAGUGUGCUCGGCUGGUCGACAAGUCGGCCCUGAUGGGUUCGGCUGCACAUUUAGCACCCUCCGCUCCGACUCCUCGGAGGGCCCGCCAUGCGGUUGGAUAAAGGUCGGAAAUCAAUUCAUAUAUCUCUCGUCUCGCUCCCUGUUUUCUUUUUGGAAGGAAUCACUUCGGUCACUCCAUCUAUUCCCCCUUCCCCCAGCAUCAGGGAGCGCGCUCUUCGUGCAUAAUUCCCCCUACCCUCUCCCUGUUCGCGUACGAGCCAGCGGAGAUCGCUUCGGUUGCAUUUCCUAAAUUCGGUACCUUUAUUUUUGUGAGAGGCUCAAUUCCACGUGGAUUCAUACAAAAUGUCGACCGCUUUCGAUGAGAAGACCAAGGCCGCCGAGUCGACGGCCGCGGAGGAUUCCAAGGGCGAUUUGAUCAACGUGUCCGGUCACGUCCAGGAGCUGGAGCGGAACUUCUCCUUACUCAGUAUUUGUGCUAUUGCCGUGACGACCGGUAACACCUGGAUUGCCCAGGGAGGCAGUGUUGUGGUCGCCUUGAGCAAUGGUGGUCUGGGUGCUACGAUCUAUGAAUUCAUCGCCGUCUCAAUCUGCUACUGGUUGGUCGCUGCUUCGAUUGCCGAGCUGGCAUCUGGUAUGCCCUCGGCCAGUGGUGUCUAUCACUGGGCUUCGGUGACUGCUGGCAAGUAUGGCCGCCCCUGUGGUUUCUUUGCUGGUUGGUGGAACUGUCUGGCCUGGAUUCUGGGUGCUGCCUCUAUGUGCUUGAUCAUGGCCCAGCAGACCGUUUCCAUGUAUGCGCUGAUGCACCCUGGCUACGCUCCGCAAACCUGGACCGUGUUUGUCAGUUUCAUUAUCUGUUCUUGGGUUUGCUGCGCCAUUGUGCUCUUCAUGAACCGCUGGUUGCCCUAUAUCGGUAACAUAGGCAUGUUCUUCAUCCUAUCCGGUGUCUUCAUCACCAUCAUUGUCUGCGCUGUGAUGCCCCAUGUCAACGACACCGGCUAUAUGUCCAAUGACGAUAUUUGGGCGACUUGGAGCAACGGAACUGGCUACAAGCAGCAGGGCUUUGUCUUCGUCAUGGGUAUGCUCAACGGUGCUUACAGUGUCGGCACUCCUGACUGCUCGUCCCACUUGGCCGAGGAGAUCCCCAGGCCUAGCCGUAACAUCCCCAAGGCCGUGCUUGCCCAGAUGGCUGUCGGCUUCAUUACUGGCAUCCUUUAUAUGAUCGCCAUUUUCUACUCCAUCCAGGAUCUGGACAGUGUCACCUCCAGCUCCUACAAAUUCCCUCUGGCUGAGAUCUACCACCAGGCGACCGGCUCCCGAGGUGGCGCUCUGGGUCUCCUCAUCAUUGCUUUCCUGCCCACCCUGGUCACCGCGUGCGGCUGUUAUAUCACUGCCGGUCGUACUCUGUGGACCCUGUCCCGUGAUCGCGCCACUCCGUUCCCCAACUGGCUCGGCCGCAUCAACAGCACCUUCCACAACCCGUUCAACGCCACCCUGAUUUGCGGUGUUGUCGUCAUGAUCUUGGCCUGCAUUUACCUCGGCUCGAACACUGCCUUCAGCGCCUUCGUCGGCUGCUUCGUCCAGCUGUCGUCUCUGUCCUACUUCAUGGCCAUCUUCCCUCACAUCCUGACUCGCCGCUCCUCGUUCACUCCUGGAUAUUUCUCCAUGAACAACAAGAUCGGAUACGUGAUCAACACCCUGGCUUGCAUCUACAUCAUUGCCUUCGUCAUCAUCUUCUGCUUCCCCUAUGCCCUGCCCGCGGAAGCCGCUUCAAUGAACUACGCCAGUCUGAUGACCGGCGGUCUGACCAUCUUCGUCACCAUCUGGUGGUUCAUCCGCCAGGGCUCGUACGAGGGUCCUAAGAAUAUCCCUCUGACGGAUAAGGCCAUUCCCGAUGAGGCUAAGUAAACAUGUAUCAGAAAAGUAAUGUUGUGGUGGUGAUGUAAGAGAGACGACCGAUGAACUGGCUGAUUUUUGUUUGAAUAUACCAUUUUGGACGCAUUGACUAUACCUCCUUAUCGCUGAUGAUCUGCAUGACUUGUUAAAUGCAAAUUUUGAUCUGACUAUAUAAUAUGACUUACCUCUUUAUUUACACCCAAUCUUGAUAAUGCUGAAAGUGUCUAUGGUUCUGUGGAGCUCCAACAAGCAAAGGGAACUGUCCUUCAAAUCAAAUUUAUCUCAAC